UAUAGGUAACGUGAUCCAUGUUGUUUCCCGUCAAUAUUCAAUUUCCAUGGUAAGGGUUAACAGCAUGUGGUAAAGUUGGUGAUUUUCGGCUCAGGAAAAGAUAUGCAUCACUGAUUACUGAUAUGGCCACGCCUGUUUCCGACAAGAAGCUGCUGCCGUCAAGACCAGCCCUCAUUCACCAUUGUGGAUUAGCAGCAGCCAGUGACUCUUCGCAUUUAGUUGGAAAGCUCCCAGACUUCAGUCAGACUUGGCAGAUUCCGUCAUGUUUGUCACUUACUUCCUACUACUGAGCAGUCUUUGCCAUGUCAUUACAACUCAAGCUCAAGACUGCUCCAAACCUGUAGGAGGAGACAACAUGGGUUUGAAGGGCGAUGACAUUCUUUUACAAACAUUCCCAGAGGGGAAGAAAGUGACUUUUGUCUGCAAUAAUGGCUAUGUGACUGCAGGAGGGUCUCCGUCCAUUACUUGUACUGCUGGCAACUGGACUACUCUGAUGCUGAAAUGCGAGAGGAGGAACUGUGGCUCUGCUGGAGAAGUGGAGAACGGAAAUAUCGAUUACCCUGAAGGGAUACUGUUCGGUGAUAAACUAGUGGUCACUUGCAACCCCGGCUACAAUAUGGUCCCCAACAAUGUUCAAAUCCUUUGUGGAGCCCAAGGGUGGCUGGGCAGGUUGCCUACAUGUGAAGUGGUGACUUGUGAUCUGCCACCUUUGGUAGUGAAUGGUGGUUUCAGUCCACUCAAAGAAUCGUAUGACUAUGGAGAAGUUGUACAGUACAAAUGUCAAAAUGCUUAUACACUUAGUGGAUCGAGUUCAAUAUCAUGUUCAGAACAUGGAACUUUUGGUCCUGCUCCAACAUGUGUCCUGGUUCGAUGUGAGGAUCCUAAAAUAGACAAUGCUCGCCAGGUUGAUGGUUCUCGACCCCCUCAUGGAUACAUGUCUACGGUGACAUACGAGUGCAAAUCUGGGUAUGUUAUGAAAGGAGGGCGCACCCUGACAUGUGGAAUAGAUAGUCAGUGGUCACCUGCACUUCCAACAUGUCAAAGGUAUAACUGUAGCUCUGCUGGAGAAGUGCUCAAUGGAAAUGUCGAUUACCCUGAAGGGACACAGUUCGGUGAUAAACUUGUGGUCACUUGCAACACCGGCUUCAAUAUGGUCCCCAAAGAUAAAGGUCAAAUCCUUUGUGGAGCCCAAGGGUGGAUGGACAGGUUGCCUAAAUGUGAAGCGGUUCAAUGUGAGGAUCCUAAAAUAGACAAUGCUCAUCAGGUUGAUGGUUCUCAACCCCCUCAUGGAUACAAUUCUACGGUGACAUACGAGUGCAUAUCUGGGUAUGUUAUGAAAGGAGGGCACACCCUGACAUGUGGAAUAGAUGGUCGGUGGUCACCUGCACUUCCAACAUGUCAAAGGUAUAACUGUAGCUCUGCUGGAGAAGUGCUCAAUGGAAAUGUCGAUUACCCUGAAGGGACACAGUUCGGUGAUAAACUUGUGGUCACUUGCAACACCGGCUUCAAUAUGGUCCCCAAAGAUAAAGGUCAAAUCCUUUGUGGAGCCCAAGGGUGGAUGGACAGGUUGCCUAAAUGUGAAGUGGUUCAAUGUGAGGAUCCUAAAAUAGACAAUGCUGACCAGGUAGAUGGUUCUCGACCCCCUCAUGGAUACAAUUCUACGGUGACAUACGAGUGCAAAUCUGGGUAUGUUAUGAAAGGAGGGCACACCCUGACAUGUGGAAUAGAUAGUCAGUGGUCACCUGCACUUCCAACAUGUCAAAGGAAUAACUGUGGCUCUGCUGGAGAAGUGGAGAACGGAAAUAUCGAUUACCCUGAAGGAACAGAGUUCGGUGAUAAACUAGUGGUCACUUGCAACCCCGGCUUCCAUAUGGUCCCCAAAAAUAAAGGUCAAAUCAUUUGUGGAGCCCAAGGGUGGCUGGACAGGUUGCCUACAUGUGAAGUGGUGACUUGUGAUCCGCCACCUGUGGUAGUGAAUGGUGUUUUCAGUCCAGUCAAAGAAUCCUAUGACUAUAGAGAAGUUGUACAGUACAAAUGUCAAAAUGCUUAUACACUUAGUGGAUCAAGUUCAAUAUCAUGUUCAGGACAUGGAACAUUUGGUCCUGCUCCAACAUGUGUCCUGGUUCAAUGUGAGGAUCCUAAAAUAGACAAUGCUGACCAGGUUGAUGGUUCUCAACCCCCUCAUGGAUACAAUUCUACGGUGACAUACGAGUGCAAAUCUGGGUAUGUUAUGAAAGGAGGGCGCACCCAGACAUGUGGAAUAGAUGGUCAGUGGUCACCUGCACUUCCAACAUGUCAAAGGUAUAACUGUAGCUCUGCUGGAGAAGUGGACAACGGAAAUAUCGAUUACCCUGAAGGGACACAGUUCGGUGAUAACCUAGUGGUCACUUGCAACACCGGCUUCAAUAUGGUCCCCAACAAUGUUCAACUCUUUUGUGGAGCCCAAGGGUGGAUGGACAGGUUGCCUACAUGUGAAGUGGUGACUUGUGAUCCGCCACCUGUGGUAGCGAAUGGUGUUGUCACUCCAGUCAACGAAUCCUAUAACUAUGGAGAAGUUGUACAGUAUAAAUGUCAAAAUGAUUAUACACUUAAUGGAUCAAGUUCAAUAUCAUGUUCAGAACAUGGAACAUUUGGUCCUGCUCCAACAUGUGUCCUGGUUCAAUGUGAGGAUCCUAAAAUAGACAAUGCUCACCAGGUUGAUGGUUCUCAACCCCCUCAUGGAUACAUGUCUACGGUGACAUACGAGUGCAAAUCUGGGUAUGUUAUGAAAGGAGGGCGCACCCUGACAUGUGGAAUAGAUAGUCAGUGGUCACCUGCACUUCCAACAUGUCAAAGGUAUAACUGUGGCUCUGCUGGAGAAGUGGCGAACGGAAAUAUCGAUUACCCUGAAGGAACAGAGUUCGGUGAUAAACUAGUGGUCACUUGCAACCCCUGCUACAAUAUGGUCCCCAACAAUGUUCAACUCUUUUGUGGAGCCCAAGGGUGGCUGGGCAGGUUGCCUACAUGUGAAGUUGUGACUUGUGAUCCGCCACCUACAGUAGCGAAUGGUGUUGUCACUCCAGUCAAAGAUUCCUAUGACUGUAGUGAAGUUGUACAGUAUAAAUGUCAAAAUGAUUAUACACUUAGUGGAUCAAGUUCAAUAUCAUGUUCAGAACAUGGAACUUUUGGUCCUGCUCCAACAUGUGUCCUGGUUCAAUGUGAGGAUCCUAAAAUAGACAAUGCUGACCAGAUUGAGGGUUCUCGACCUCCUCAUGGAUACAUGUCUACGGUGACAUACGAGUGCAAAUCUGGGUAUGUUAUGAAAGGAGGGCGCACCCUGACAUGUGGAAUAGAUAGUCAGUGGUCACCUGCACUUCCAACAUGUCAAAGGUAUAACUGUGGCUCUGCUGGAGAAGUGGAGAACGGAAAUAUCGAUUACCCUGAAGGAACAGAGUUCGGUAAUAAACUAGUGGUCACUUGCAACACCGGCUACAAUAUGGUCCCCAACAAUGUUCAACUCUUUUGUGGAGCCCAAGGGUGGCUGGGCAGGUUGCCUAUAUGUGAAGUGGUGACUUGUGAUCCGCCACCUUUGGUAGUGAAUGGUGUUUUCAGUCCACUCAAAGAAUCCUAUAACUAUGGAGAAGUUGUACAGUACAAAUGUCAAAAAGAUUAUACACUUAGUGGAUCGAGUUCAAUAUCAUGUUCAGAACAUGGAACAUUUGGUCCUGCUCCAACAUGUGUCCUGGUUCAAUGUGAGGAUCCUAAAAUAGACAAUGCUCACCAGGUUGAUGGUUCUCGACCCCCUCAUGGAUACAUGUCUACGGUGACAUACGAGUGCAUAUCUGGGUAUGUUAUGAAAGGAGGGCGCACCCUGACAUGUGGAAUAGAUGGUCAGUGGUCACCUGCACUUCCAACAUGUCAAAGGAAUAACUGUGGCUCUGCUGGAGAAGUGGACAACGGAAAUGUCGAUUACCCUGAAGGGACACAGUUCGGUGGUAAACUAGUGGUCACUUGCAACACUGGCUACAAUAUGGUCCCCAACAAUGUUCAACUCUUUUGUGGAGCCCAAGGGUGGCUGGGCAGGUUGCCUACAUGUGAAGUGGUGACUUGUGAUCUGCCACCUGUGGUAGUGAAUGGUGUUUUCAGUCCACUCAAAGAAUCGUAUGACUAUGGAGAAGUUGUACAGUAUAAAUGUCAAAAUGAUUAUACACUUAGUGGAUCAAGUUCAAUAUCAUGUUCAGAACAUGGAACAUUUGGUCCUGCUCCAGCAUGUGUCCUGGUUCGAUGUGAGGAUCCUAAAAUAUACAAUGCUCACCAGGUUGAUGGUUCUCAACCCCCUCAUGGAUACAAUUCUACGGUGACAUACGAGUGCAUAUCUGGGUAUGUUAUGGAAGGAGGGCACACCCUGACAUGUGGAAUAGAUGGUCAGUGGUCACCUGCACUUCCAACAUGUCAAAGGAGGAACUGUGGCUCUGCUGGAGAAGUGGACAACGGAAAUGUCGAUUACCCUGAAGGGACACAGUUCGGUGAUAAACUAGUGGUCGCUUGCAACAUUGGCUACAAUAUGGUCCCCAACAAUGUUCAACUCUUUUGUGGAGCCCAAGGGUGGCUGGGCAGGUUGCCUACAUGUGAAGUGGUGACUUGUGAUCUGCCACCUUUGGUAGUGAAUGGUGGUUUCAGUCCACUCAAAGAAUCGUAUAACUAUGGAGAAGUUGUACAGUAUAAAUGUCAAAAUGAUUAUACACUUAGUGGAUCAAGUUCAAUAUCAUGUUCAGAACAUGGAACAUUUGGUCCUGCUCCAACAUGUGUCCUGGUUCGAUGUGAGGAUCCUAAAAUAUACAAUGCUCGCCAGGUUGAUGGUUCUCAACCCCCUCAUGGAUACAAUUCUACGGUGACAUACGAGUGCAUAUCUGGGUAUGUUAUGGAAGGAGGGCGCACCCUGACAUGUGGAAUAGAUAGUCAGUGGUCACCUGCACUUCCAACAUGUCAAAGAAUAUCACCCCCACCUAAACCCACCACCACCAUCACCACAACACAUUCUCCCCCAAAGACACCAGGUAAAAUCCAUGUUAAUGCUUAAGAAGCCAUUAGCAGCCCUACAGUGUUGUCACCUGACAAAAUGGUGCAAUUAUUUUGGGCCUUUUUGGGCUGAUGGACACCAAAGGGCUAAAGUGUUUUACAGUAUCAA